GGAGUUUCUCAAGUCUCGAAGAAGAGGGCUGGAACUUGUAAAAUAGGCCUAAAAUAUUGCACUGCGUUGCCCAGAAACGUAGAGAUACUGUCGCCCUUGAAAAAAGAGCUGGGUUGGAUGGAGUGUGGUAUUUAUUCUCAUGGCGACUUCAUUUAGGCGAGACGUGUCCAUCAACUUAGGACUUUACAGCGAUACUCUUGGAGAUGUGCCGAAGAAGAGGCAAUCCCUUUUACGAUCAUGGAGGAGGUUGUCAAGCUUACAGCGUUUGAUCUGUGGAGUCUUGUUCAUUUGCACAGUCAUCAUCAUCUUUUAUGCUCUCCCGAGUAGAACAUCAGCCCCUGCCAAAAGCAUACAGGAGGACAAGGAGCGGCUUCUACCAGUUGACUCUAUUCCUGAUCCGGACCAAAACUCGAUAGUUGAUGAUCAUGAGAAAAAUCUGCAAGUUUUGAAGGAAAAGGCAAGGGAAGACAUUGCUAAAGAUCAACAAAAGCAAGAGGAGGGUAACAGAGAGCAGAUGCUACCACCUGUGGAUGAGCACAGCCUCAAGUAUGACUACUUUGGCGGCCAGAAGCAGAACGACAAGCAGCUACAGAUCAUCGCCGCAUUCCGCCACGCCUGGCAGGCGUACAAGAAGUACGCAUGGGGUCACGAUGAACUGCACCCGAUCAGCAAGACGUCUUCGGAGUGGUUCGGCACCGGCCUCACUCUGGUAGACUCAUUGGACACUCUGGUCAUUAUGGGACUCAAGGAGGAGUACGAGGAGGCAAAAGAAUGGGUGGCAGAACGCCUUACAUUCAAUGUGGACAGAUACGUAAACCUCUUUGAGAUCUCCAUACGUAACCUGGGCUCCCUGCUUGCUACUUACCAUCUGACUGGAGACGAGAUCAUGAAGGAAAAGGCGAUUGACCUGGGCACCCGCCUCCUCCCCGCCUUCAACCACAAUUCCAAGAUUCCGUUCUCCGACGUAAACCUGGCUCAUGGUGUGGCUAAGGCCCCUCGCUGGGGGCCGGACAGCAGCACCUCAGAGGUCACCACCAUACAGCUGGAGUUCAGAGACCUCAGCAAGGUCUCCGGCGACAAAAGGUUCGAGCGCGCUGUCCACGAGGUCUCCAUGCACGUACAUGAUCUGCCCAAGACGGAAGGUCUUGUCCCCAUCUUCAUCAGCGCCAAUUCCGGAGACUUUCGUGCAUCUGGCACGAUCACGCUGGGUGCCCGCGGAGAUAGCUACUACGAGUAUCUCCUCAAGCAGUGGGUUCAGAGUGGGAAGAGACUGACAGUAUUCAAAGACGAUUUUGAGGAAAGUGUACGCGGUAUGAAGAACAAACUGCUCCGACGAUCGGAGCCCAACAAACUUCUUUUUAUUGGAGAACUGCUGAAUGGGAGAAACUUCAGUCCAAAGAUGGACCAUCUUGUGUGUUUCAUGCCCGGUACACUUGCCUUAGCCCAUCAUAACGGGCUGAGUCGUGAGUACUUUGAGUUGGCGGAGGAGUUAGUGAGGACUUGUUGGGAGAUGUACAACAAAAUGCCGACCCGUCUCAGUCCAGAGAUUGUUUAUUUCAAUCUGGCCCAGGGUGCUGCGGAGGACCUCAUUGUUAAGCCUCUGGACGCCCACAACCUUCUCCGGCCGGAGACAUUGGAGAGCCUGUUCUACAUGUACCGGUUCACGGGGGACAAGAAGUACCGAGACUGGGGCUGGCAGAUCUUCCUGGCCUUUGAGAAACACACGAAAGUUCCUGACGCCGGGUACUCCUCCAUCCACAAUGUGAAGGACGCAGGGAAUCCCAGGUUCCGAGACAAGAUGGAGAGUUUUUUCCUGUCGGAGACCUUGAAGUAUCUCUAUUUACUAUUCAGCGAUGAUCCAAACUUGAUCUCGCUAGAUAAAUUUGUGUUUAAUAGUGAAGGACACCCGCUUCCUAUAGACAAAGUGGCUGAGGCAGAGUUAUAGAAAUGGUUAUAGUGUCUGUUAAAGAUUGGGUAGUUUAGGUUACCUCACCUAACAGUUUGAUGGUGUUUUGGCUUAAGGUGUUUCUCUGUAUUUUGACUGGGGAUCAUUUGCCAAGUUGAAAUUUCUUUUUCUUCUUCUUCUUCUUCUUCUUCUUCUU